AUGGCGGUCGCGGGGACUUUACGGGGCGCGGGCGGAACGCGUCCAAUGGCAGCAAACGGUGAGACGGCGCGGCAAGAUGGCGUCCAAUGGUGGCGAAGCGAUCACGCACUCGGCGCGUGCCGGCGCGUGUCGUUCACGUGCACACGGUGUGACGGGCGAGGUCGCAGCGUGACGUCACCGGCGCGCCCCCGCAUGACGUCGGGGCGCGCGGCAAGGUCGCCUCGCCUAGCGCGGUGA